AGGUGCUACAAAACAUCAAGGAGUUAGGCGACGAGGGGUGGGAGUACAAACUAAAUGCGUCCUACUUUGAGAUCUACAAUGAAACGGUUAGGGAUCUGCUCAACCCCUCAGACAACACAAAAGGCCUUGCCAUCCGCGACAAUGGCACAGACCAACCCUAUAUCGAGGGGCUGCACUCAGAAGUAGUGUCGUCAGUGGCGUGUGUACUUCGAUUGGUCACACGCGCAGAGUCACAUCGCAGUGUGGCAGGCACAGACAUGAACGAACGCUCCAGCCGCAGCCACAGUGUGUUUGUGCUGCGAGUUAAUGGCGAACACAAGGACAAAAACAAGAGUGUGAAGGGUGUGAUGUAUCUGUGUGAUCUGGCGGGCAGUGAGCGUCUGGCCAAGAGUGGCGCUGAGGGCGAUCGGUUGAAGGAGACCCAGGCCAUCAACAAGAGUCUCAGCAGUCUGGCCGAUGUCUGUGGAGCCCUCAAAACGAAAUCCGGCCAUAUUCCUUACCGCAACUCCAAACUGACGCAUGUGCUGCAGCCGUGUUUGUCUGGGUCUGGCAAAGCCCUCAUGUUGGUAGCUCUGUCGCCCGAGGAAGCGUCUGCAUCCGAGACAAUGUGCUCGUUAAGGUUUGCGCAGCAGGUCAGUCAGACGGAAUUGGGUAAAGCGAAAGCACACUCGGGAGACGGUACGGGCUCCAGCGGCACAGCGACAACCGCCAAUAACACCGCACAGGUCACUUCAUUGCAUAAUCCUCGCAAAAGAAAACACGGCUAGUAGAAGCUGGGGUAGGGCUUGGACUGUCAACAAGCUACACAAGGAUAUAUAUUUAAUUAAAAUACAUGACACUAUUCGCAUA